UCUAUAUUCCCAACAAUCAAUUCCCAAUCUCAUUCCCACAUUUUAAUUCGAAAACUCUCAUUCACACAUUCCAAACACCCCGUUAGACAAACCUUUCACCAACAGAAAUCAAAAUCAAACCUCACUCCUAAAAAUGGCUGAAACUCCUUUGUAUUACUACAAGAGGAGAAAAUUACACAGUUCGCCGCCGCAACCUCCGUCUUACCUCUGGACUCAUCUCACCCACCUCUCCUUCGACUGUAAUGAUCCGUCAUGGCAGCCUGCCAAUGCCGUCAGCCGAAGUCUAAAGCGAAGAUUCACAAGAUUCAAAGUCAUCGUACAUCGUAUUCUCCGCUAAAUCACCUUCCCACAUCGUCAUGGCAUUCGAAUCAUUGAUCAGUUUACUUUGUACCCGAAAUGUGGCUACAAUCAAGGGAGCAUCAUACUCGGCACUCAAAAUCAGGUCUUGAUUUUACUACUUGCUUCGUUAUUACUUCCAGCUCUUAUUGUUUGCACAAUUUACUUUUUUACACGGUCUUAAAAUGAUAUAAAACGUUGAUAAUUUGAAAAUAUAUGCUAAAACAUAUUUUAGAAGAUUUCAUAUAUAUAUUCCUCAAUUUGAUGAAGAAAGGAAUGAAGAAAUUUAGAACAGAAAAAGAAGACAAUUGAUACAAACUAUUUAUGGUCAAAAGUGGAUCAUUUUGUCCAUUUUUAAGUUCAACAAAGUAACAAAGCUCAAAAAAAAGUUCAACGAAGUAACAAGCAACACCUUAUUGUUUAUCUGCUUUUAGUGCAUAUUGUAUUAUAUUAGUGAUGGACAUCUGGACUUUGCCCACUUUCCCACCAAACAAUAUAAAAGUAUAUGUAUAUGAAGUAUAUAUUAAAACACACCUUUUAAAUUUGGUAAUUGUAUCUAAUUUUCUAAUAGUUUGGUACUUCAAAAGACAAAAGUUCUCAUUCAGUAGGUUUGUAUUGUGAACUCAAUAACAUAAUAUCAUAAAUUUGAAUAUUUAAUGUCAAUAAGUAGACAGUAAAGGCUUUACCACUAAACUUUAGAAGUAGCAUUUUAUACUUUAUUUUAUUUUCUAAACUAAUUUACUGUAUAUAAGUGAACUUAUAUAUGUGAUCAUGACAUUCAUGCAAAAAAAAAAAAAAAAAAAAAAAAAACAAUAAUCCAUGGUAUAACCCAAACCUAAAAACAAGUUCAGAUUAAUGUAGAUAAAUUGAUUUUGGAAUAAAUUAUUUUCUUCGUUUCACACUGCUUUCACUGGUGAACAUUCAAAUAGACAGUAAAGCAGAGUCCAUAAUUCAUCCAUCAUAACCAUUUCAUACAACACACGAGGCUGAGAGAAAAGGGAGUGAAGCACCAACAAAAAAAAAAAAAGAAAAAGAAAAUGGCAGAGGGAGUUCUUUUUAACUUAGCUGGAACAGUCUUGGAAGCCUUGGGUAAAGCAGCCAUAAAACAGGCUGCAUCCUGGUGGGGUGCACGAGACGAUUUAAAGAAGCUGGAGAACACCAUCAAGUUGAUCCAAGCUCGAGUUCGCGAUGCUGAGAGGAACCAGGAAGAGCAAGGCAGAGAUGAUGCCAUCAAAGAGUGGCUUCGGAGGCUGAGGAUGGUACUUUACCAAGUUGAUGACUUGUUUGAUGAAGUCCUCAGUGUUGACCGCCAGAAACAGCGGAUGGAAGUCAACAAGCAGGUUUGUCUUUCUCUCUCGAGGUCAGGCACUCUUUGCUUUAACUGGAAAAUAUCUCGUAAAAUCAAGUCUAUUCGACAACAACUUGAUGAAAUCAAAUCAGAUAUUUCUGGCUUAAACUUGAAUGCCUAUUGUGAUCAUAGAGAUGAACCACAACCACUAAGGGCUCGCUUCAUGAGGAAUAGAGAAACAGGCUCUCUUGCGAAAGAAUAUGUCACUGGUAGGGAAAAUGACAAAAAAAUAAUUACUGAAAUGCUUUUUGAUCCUAAAUUUGAUGGGAAAAGGAUUACUGUGAUUCCAAUUGUGGGGUUUGGAGGUCUUGGAAAAACCACUCUUGCUCAACUGGUUUUUAAUGAUGAGGUUGUUCAGAACCAUUUUGAUCUUACUAAAUGGGUCUGGGUACCUGAGGUAGGUGAUCAAAACACUGUAAUCAGGAGAGUUUUCCAAUGCUUCACCGGCAAUGAGGAUUCCGAUAGACUCUUAGUUAGUCAGAUUGAAACACGCAUCCUAGAAUCGAUAAAGGAUAAGAAGUAUCUUCUUGUCUUAGAUGAUCUAUGGGAUGAAAGUCAGUAUAGUUGGUCGGAUCUUCUAAGUUUGCUUGAAUGUGGUGCUACUGGAAGUAGAAUUAUUGUAACAACACGCUCUGCUUACGUUGCAAAAGCUGUUGGUACAACAAAACCCCACAAUAUAGGACUUCUAACUGAAGAGGAGUCCUGGAAUCUUUUCAAAAAAUUUGCAUUCCGAUCACAGCUAGAAGAGAGUAGUGGUUCUUAUUUUACUCAGUUAGGGAAGGAGAUCCUUAAUAGUUGUGGAAAUGUUCCCCUUGCUAUCAAGGUUGUUGGAAGCCUUCUCUACUCUGAAACUAAGGAAGAGUGGGAACAAAUUAGAGAUACUAGACUCUCAAAGGCAAAGGGGAAGGAAGAUGAUAUCAAUUAUAUCAUCAUGCAAGUGUUGAAGUUGAGUUAUGACUACUUGCCACCGGCAUUAAAGCAAUGCUUUGCUUACUGUUCAUUGUUCCCAAAGGACUAUGAAUACACUAAGAAUCAUUUGGUAAAAAUUUGGAUGGCGCAAGGAUAUUUUGAUCAAUCAAGCACAGAUAUUGGAGAGCAAUACUUUAUGGAAUUGUUGGGGAGGAGCUUAUUUCAAGGUCCUAAAGAAGAUAUUGACGGGAACUUUAAAUGCAGAAUGCACGAUUUAGUGCAUGACUUGGCUCAAGAUAUAGCUGGUGAAGAGAUGAAGCAAUUGGUUGAGCCUUUAGACCAGAUAUCUUCAACUGAUGGACUUAUACAUGUGAGUGUUAAAAUAAGAAGGCCAGACGAAGAUGAUGAAUGGGAAGCUCCAGCGUCAUUGCUUGAUGCUAGGAAGAUUCGCCCAUUGAUAUUUUUAAGAUUCAAUGUUAAUAUUGCUAUUAAAUCAUCGUCUCUUGAAAUGAUAAUUAUGAAAUUUCAGUUUUUAUGUGCCUUAAACUUAGAGGGUAUGAAAAUCUCCAUGAUCCCAAAUUCUAUCGGGAAGUUGAAGCAUCUUAGAUACCUUAAUCUUGCAUCGAAUGGGUACAUGGAAUGUAUUCCUGAUGAUAUAAUAAGAUUACAGAACCUGCAAACACUGAACAUUCAGAAUUGCUCUCAGCUUAAAGAGUUGCCAAGAGAUUUUUUGUAAAUUGGACAGCUUGAGGCACUUGGGAAUCUCUGGGAGCGGUUUGAGUGAUUUGCCGACAGGAUUUGGGAAAAUGACAUCUCUGAAAGUGUUAGAUUCAUUUAUUGUUGGGGAAAACUAUGGUAUGGAUUCAUUACCUUCCUUGAAUUUUACUGGAUAUCUAAAUAUUCAAUUUAACAAGUGGCGAAGUGAUGCUGUUGUGGAAGCACAAAGAGCAACUUUGAUGAACAAUCAGAAAUUGACACAUCUUGAAUAAUGUUUGGAUCCAUGGAAGUUACUCCUGAUUUAGUUUUAAUUGAUAAAAUGUUAAUGUGCUUGCAACUGCCUCCAAAUCUUAAACAUAUUUUUUUUCAGGAUUACAAAGGAUUUGAGAUGCCUCGUAGAUGGUUAGAUGGGGUAUCUAAUCUUGUUGCCAUUGAUAUUAUGGAAUGUCAUAAUUGCAGAGUUCUCCCUCACUUGAGUCGGCUGCCUCAUCUCAAAACUCUUUUUUUAGCUAGACUUUAUGAGUUAGAGUAUGUAGAAGAUGAAGAUGACAUCCGGGUUGGUGGUGGAAAGUGUGGUUUUGGAGCCCACAAUGUCUACUUCCCUUCCUUAGAAGUCUUGCUUUUAUCGGGUUUGAGGUCUCUAAAGGGGUGGACAAGACCAUCAAUGGAUGAUCAUGGUGAGACAAGGCAGUUGUCGUUUCCUCGUCUUUUGCGAUUAGAAGUAUUUCAGUGCCCCAAGUUGAUGUCAAUGUCUCUAGCUCCAAAGCUGGAGUCAUUUAGGGCUAAUAGGAAGGUGUUUGAAUUGUACCUGAUGUCAAUUGAUGAUCAGGAAGCAUUUUCAUCAUCAUCAUCAUCAUCAUCAUCAUCUUCUUCAACUACUUUUUGUACUUCAUUAAAAGAGCUGGAUAUUACUGGGAUUGAAGAUGGACCAGCUUCUCUGUCAAUCAGUAGUAGGUUCUUUAGACUACAAAACUUGAAAAUAAAUGAUCACCAGGAACUGACAAGUUUGAUGAUAGAAUCUUCAAAGUCUAUUCGGCAUCUCGUAGUUAAAGGUUGCAAAAACAUAUCACUGGGAAAUCUUUACGUCCUUGAGACACUGAUAAUCCACGGCGUCAGUGAUGAUUUGGAAGAAAAGCUCCCUCAACUCAUUGCUUGCGUACCAAUGCUUCAGAUCCUUGGACUUGAAAGAUUCAGAAACUUGGAACAACUUCCAGAAGAGAUUGGAAACCUCUCCUUGCUCCGUGAGCUGAAGAUUGGUAAUUGCCUAAAAAUGGCGAAACUUCCACAAUCAUUACUAAGCCUUACCUCUUUACAAAAACUUCAUAUACGAGCUUGUCCAGAUCUGAAAAAAAGAUAUGAGAAGCCGAAUGGCCAAGAUUGUCACCUUCUCCAACAUAUCUCUAAUGUUGAAUUCUUAUUAUAGCCUAUUGUGAUGACCAAAUUAAGGCCGCCUCUGCCUUUUUUUGUUGAAAAAUUGGAACAAUGAUUCCCUGAUGGACAAUCCCAUGCUGCUCUCUUCUCAGAUCCAUGAUAUCCUCACUCAGGUGGUCCUGCAAGCUUUAGGAAUCUGAAAUUUCAGACUUGAAUCACCUACUAACCUUUAUAAGCUGAAAUCUAUCAAUUAAUUUUUCAAGGUUUUAGUGACGUAAGAAUGUUGCACUCAAGUGUAAAUGGUGAAUAUUUCAAUGCUCUUUAGAGAUGCCAGGCGAUUUGCAUUGUGGAUGCAACAGGUGCUAAUAAUAAUGAAAAUUUUGGGGUGCUUUAAGCUGCAAGUUAUUGAGGGGGAAAACAUAAUCAAGCUGAGGGAGCAAGUUUUUACCAGACUUUGCAAGGAAGGAGAUUUGCUUCAGAGAUGCAAUGUAGGAAACUAGGAAUGUUGUACUGAAAUGAAGAUGGUGGCUCUUUCGAUGCUCCUUAGUGAUGCCUGGCUAUUUGCAUCAUUGAUGCAAUCAGUGAUUCACCAAGAAUCAAGCAAAAUGAAUUUAUAAAGGUUUUUUUUUUUUUUAACUGUCAGUCAUUUAACAUUCUUGAAGGGUAAAUCAAGGCUCUUGUUUGUACAUCAAUAACUUCAGUAGUUGAAUUGGAUUGGACUGAGCAAAUGAUUAGUGGAGUUUUUCAACCCUUCCUAGAAGGUGGGAAAAGCUUACACAGUGAUGCUACAUGCUGUUAUUAAGAUUGUUCUGGUGCGUUUGUGCUUAGAUCUGGUCCGCAUUCAUGGAGCUUUGAUUCAAAUGGCGUCAUCAUAGAUAUGAGCUUUGUAACCUGUUUUCUAGUGAUAUUUGUAACCUUUCUCCUCUCAUUGUUGAUAUCAUAGUAUAUGACUAAAUGUAUAGUUGGUGGUUUAUUAAUCUUUGUGAAACCUGUUAUAUUUUGUUACCCUCCUAUAAGAGAAAAAUAAGAGAAAAAAAAAGGUGGACUCCUACAAGUCCCGUAGUUUUACUCUUCACAUUGAAGAGAUUUUCCAUGUAAAAAAUCCCUUGUGUUAUAUCAAAAAUUUUCUUCUUGAUUA